UUACAAAAUCGCAAUGCCUGGCAACGGCUUUUAACCGAUUGUCAUAAUAAUACGACAGAGAGUAUAAAGUAUUGUUAGAAAUUUGUAUUAAAUUUUGAGAGCCAUGGUUUAAUAAAGUAUUGGUAACAUUUACUUUACGAGUACUAGAAUUGUUCCUUAAAGUACUAUUGAUUUGCACAAAAGGCAACUGUGUUGUUACCAUGGCUGGCUCCUACUCAAAUGGAUAUCAGUAUUCUUCUUACAGUGGCCCUGAAUCUAUACCAGGUGGUCAAAAUGAAUUUUCCAGGUUGUCAGAAGUUAUAAGUACCAAUAUUCAAAAAGUGUCACAAAAUGUUGCUUCCAUGCAAAAGAUGGUGAAUCAGCUGGGAACACCUCAAGAUUGUGAAAGUUUGAGAUCUCAGUUGCAUCAAGUUCAAAAUUAUACAAAUCAAUUGGUAAAAGACACAAAUAACCACCUGAAAGAUCUUUCUCUCUUACCAAAUCCUGCCAGUGUUUCUGACCAAAAACAAAGAAAGAUUUUGAGAGAAAGGUUAACUAGUCAAUUUUCUGAUGCAUUAAAGAAUUUUCAAGGGGCUCAAAGAAAUGCAGCUCAGAAGGAAAGAGAAAGUGUUAUGCGGGCUAGAGCCCAUUCUGGUCUCAAAGGGAAUCCUUUUGGUGAUGAUCCACCAGCAAGCGGGCAAAAUUUGAUAGAUCUUGCAAGUCCUUCUCAGAGCCAGAUGAUGACAUCAUUACAAAUGGAAGAAGAAGUAAAUUUGGAACUACUUAGAGAGAGAGAAGCAGCAGUCCGUAAAUUAGAGGCUGAUAUUGUUGAUGUGAACCACAUCUUCACAGACUUGGCUACAUUGGUACAUGAGCAAGGAGAAGUCGUGGAUAGUAUUGAAGCAAAUGUGGAACAAGCUCAGAUUCAGGUGUCAGAAGGUACUCAGCAGUUAGCAAAAGCCAGGCGCCAUCAGGCUGCAGCAAGACGUAAAGCUUGCUUCUUAGUUAUUGUAUUCGUUUUAGUUGCAGCAGUCAUUGGUUUGAUAAUAUGGCUUUCCAAAUGAAGGUGAACUUGAUUUCCAUGGAUGGGAGCAUUUUGUUUAUUUAGUAUUGCUAUUGCUAAUUUUAUUGUAACAUUUUUAUUCGUUCUCUGAAUAAGAAGCUGAUUUAAUAAAUGUUAAGGGUCUGACCCAAAAUGUGAAUACAUUCCAAUGUGUACAGAAAUUAAGCUGAAAAAUGUGAAAAAAGUA